UGGAGAAAGACACUAAAACCGCCAGGUCCUCUUUGCAUCUCUACACACCCUAACUCCGUCCUUCUAUCUUUCUUCAAUCAAAACCCGCUUCUUUUUCGACCCACUUUCGGUUCUAAAUGCUCUGGUGUUUUUAGCUGAAAACUCCUUGCUCCAUUCUCUGCUAAUCAUACAACUUUCAUUCGGAUUUUAGCCAGCUUUUUGUCAUUUCUCUAUUUUCACUCCAUUAAUCUUGAAAAUUUCGAGAUGUAGUUAUGUAGUGCAACAUUUUCAAGCUUACGCCUGUACUUUUCCUCCAACUGGGUAUUGUCAACCGCAUUCUGGGUGCACAUUGGAUUUAAGAGCCUGAUCUGGGACCUUAAAAUUUUGAUGAUUUUGUCAAAUUCUGGCACCGAGCCAUGAAGAAAUUUCCCUGGUUUGCGCAAAUCUCUAACAAUGUCAAGUCCGAGAGAAGGCUCUCUCUUGGAGAAUACAAGAGAGCAGUGUCUUGGUCCAAGUACUUGGUGUCGUCUGGUGCGGCCAUAAAGGGAGAAGGAGAAGGCGAAUGGAGUGCAGAUAUGUCACAGUUGUUUAUUGGAAGUAAAUUUGCCUCGGGUAGGCAUAGUAGGAUUUAUAGAGGGAUAUAUAAGCAGCGAGACGUUGCAAUUAAGCUUAUAAGCCAACCUGAGGAAGAUGAGAGCUUGGCUAAUUUUCUUGAGAACCAGUUCACCUCAGAGGUUGCUUUGCUUUUCCGUUUGAGACACCCCAAUAUCAUCACCUUUGUUGCAGCCUGUAAGAAACCUCCAGUGUUCUGUAUUAUUACAGAGUAUAUGGCUGGGGGCUCCUUAAGAAAAUAUCUUCAUCAACAAGAGCCACAUUCAAUUCCACUCAGUCUAGUUUUGAAAUUAGCCCUUGACAUUGCACGUGGAAUGCAAUAUCUUCAUUCUCAAGGUAUACUCCACAGAGAUCUCAAAUCCGAAAAUUUACUGCUUGGAGAAGAUAUGUGUGUCAAAGUAGCAGACUUUGGUAUUUCAUGCUUAGAAUCUCAGUGUGGUAGUGCAAAGGGAUUUACGGGCACUUAUCGCUGGAUGGCCCCUGAGAUGAUCAGAGAGAAGCACCAUACAAAGAAGGUAGAUGUAUACAGUUAUGGCAUUGUCUUGUGGGAGCUUUUAACUGCAUUGACGCCAUUCGAGAACAUGACUCCUGAACAGGCAGCAUUUGCAGUCUCUGAGAAGAACGCAAGGCCUCCUUUGCCCUCCAAUUGUCCUUCAGCAUUUAGUCAUCUGAUUAACCAAUGCUGGUCAAGCAAUCCGGAUAAACGACCACAUUUUGAUGAGAUAGUUUUAAUUUUGGAACACUAUGCAGAGUCUCUUGAACAGGAUCCAGAUUUUUUCUCAAAAUAUAAACCUUCCUCCAAGUAUACCAUUUUAAAAUGCUUUCCAAAUUGCUUUGGUGGCCAUCAGCACUCUCCUUUAAAAGCUUAAUUAGGAAUGCUUGUGUGAGAUUCUUAAGUGUAUCAUAUUCCUGUGUAGGUUUUGUAGACUUGGAUGAUUGAAACAUUGGCCACUUAGUGGCUUUAAUAUUUUCCUUCUUUGUGUUGAA